UAAAGCUACGAGAGGAGUGUGUGUGUAAUACUGUAGGGUAGAUAGAUUGUCCUCUGGUCAGUCCAGAGUCACUGGGGCCAUUGCUGCCCCGUAACACCGCGUGAGUGACCGGAUCACAACAAGGCUCAGCUUGGGGUACUUGCUGUGUGUAGACUUUCUAUCGCGUGACAAUGGCACCUGCAGUUGGAGGACCUGUGGGUUAUACCCCGCCAGAAGGUGGUUGGGGCUGGGUGGUUGUUGUCGGAGCCUUUGUGUCUAUUGGCUUUUCCUAUGCCUUUCCCAAAUCCAUUACUGUCUUUUUCAAGGACAUAGAGCAGAUCUUUGGAGCAACAAGCAGUGAAGUGUCAUGGAUUUCUUCGAUCAUGUUGGCUGUUAUGUAUGCUGGAGGACCCAUAAGUAGUGUCUUGGUGAACAAAUACGGGAGUCGUCCGGUAAUGAUCUUUGGUGGUAUUCUUGCUGGAACUGGAUUAAUUGGCUCUUCUUUCUGUAACACUGUGUCCGAACUAUAUUUUUGCAUAGGUGUCAUUGGAGGAUUUGGUCUGGCUUUCAACUUGAAUCCAGCAUUAACCAUGAUUGGGAAAUAUUUUUUCAAGAAAAGACCCAUAGCCAAUGGAUUGGCUAUGGCAGGUAGCCCUGUGUUUCUUUCUACGUUGGCCCCACUUAAUCAAUACUUCUAUAGCAUCUUUGGCUGGAGAGGGAGCUUCCUAAUCCUUGGUGGACUCCUCUUUAACUGCUGUGUGGCGGGAUCUUUGAUGCGCCCAAUAGGACCAAAGCCAGUUGAUUCAAAAAAGAAAAUAACUAAAGAGGUGCUUGAGGAGGCUGGAAAAUGCCAGUCUAAAGAAGAUGGUGAUGCCAAUAAAGACCUUAUAGAUGGAAAGGCGAAAACUAAACCAACAUUCUUCCAGACAAUCAACAAGUUCUUAGACCUAACUCUGUUCACUCAUAGAGGCUUCUUGCUGUACUUAUCUGGACACAUGAUUAUGUUUUUUGGACUUUUUGCACCAUUGGUUUUCCUUAGCAACUAUGCCAAGAGCAAGCAGAUAUCUCCAGAGUCUGCUGCCUUUCUGCUUUCUAUCCUUGCAUUUGUGGAUAUGGUUUCAAGACCAUCCAUGGGACUUGUAGCCAACACCAAAUUGGUAAGACCUAGGAUCCAGUAUUUCUUUGCUGCAUCUGUGGCACUGAAUGGAGUAUGCCACCUCCUGGCACCCCUGUCCACAGACUUCACUGGCUUCUGUCUUUAUGCUGGCUUUUUUGGAUUUGCUUUUGGAUGGCUAAGCUCUGUCCUCUUUGAAACCUUGAUGGAUCUGGUUGGGGCACAACGAUUUUCAAGUGCUGUUGGAUUGGUGACCAUUGUGGAGUGCUGCCCUGUGCUACUGGGACCACCAUUGCUAGGGCGAUUAAAUGAUAUUUAUGGUGACUACAAGUACACCUAUCAAGCUUGUGGCAUUGUCCUGCUAGUUGCUUCUGCCUACCUCUUUGUUGGAAUGACCAUUCACUAUAGGCUUACUGCAAAAGAGCAGAAAGCUGAGGAGAAAAGACUGAAAAGUCAAGAAGGAAAGACGGAGUCUGAGCUAAAAGCAAAUAAUGAACUUUCAGUCCUUCCUCAAAAUUCAGAUGAUGUAUUGAAAGAAGAUGAAAGCCACAUAUGAGACUUUUUUUUGUAAAAAAAAAAAAACAUUUUUUAUAUAUAAUUUUUUUUUUUUUCUAUCCCUCUAGUACUGGGGUGAAUACUUUCAACCAAUGACACUGAUGCUACAUAUUCGUCCCAUGCGUAACUUUUGGUUAGGAUUUUAUUUAAUUUUUAUUUUUUAAUCUAAUUUCAAAAAAUGACUGGUUUUGUGGAGACCGGUCACAUUUCAGACAAGUUAAAUGUUGCCGAUUGAAUUGUGUGGAUUUUAUUUUCUGUUUUUAACAGUAACACAGUUUAAUACGUGCCUUACACGCUCUUUAUCAGGAAGCUUUUAUUUUUCUUAAGAUUUCCAAAGUAGACUUGGACAUUCACAUAAAUGCAAUUUUAAUCUUCUUUAUAGAUCUUAGAUAUUGCACACUGAAAGAAAAAUUAUAUUUUUUAUUUUGAAUGAAUUCUUGCAAACCAGGAAAAAUACUCUAAUUUCAUAAACACUUGGAUUCUGUCUUCCGGGGACUCUCACUGGAUGAGGAUCUGAUGCUGUCAUCUAUUAAAUGUGCAUUUAAGACUGCAUUUCUGCCUAUGGAAUUAAUUUACUCUCUAAUUUAAAAAGUAUGGAAAGAGUAGAACCAUAGCUGCUGUUUUUAGGGUUGCUAAUUUAUUGUAGUUUUGCAACAGAUCUCCCAUGUAGUUCCUAUGAGGUUUGCAACUGUGCAGUUUCAGUAUUAACUCCUUCACUGCCAGAUGAGCCUGCAACACGUGCAUGUUUUUUUUUCUAUGGCAAUGAGGGUUUUAUAUUUUUUUUUGUCCUGUUACCGUGCCUAAAUCUGUAAUGGGGAGGAAAACCAAACCCUUAUUUUCUGCUUACUUGCAAUAUUGUGACACAAGGUCCGUAUUUUGUAUGGAGGAGUCUCUUAAACCAGUUGUAAGUCAACCGAAAAUGUAAAAUAAAACAUAUGGACAUUGGCUAAACCUA